CCCUCUCAGCUCAAGGGCCAUGACAGCUUCCGGUUCUUGAGCAAUCUCAUCAAGUCCCUUUCCCAAAACAAGACAAACCCAUCAGUGUACUGUCAUCUUUUCACGAGAGCAAACAAGCCCCCACGCAUUUCACAUUCGACCACUCAUCUCUUCCCUGCAACAAUUUAGUGGCUUAUCUCUGCCCCACGGCUAAGUAGGAGGAGGAAGAGGAAAACCUUGUUCUUCGCUUAGUUUUAGUUUAUAGUGCCGAGUUCUUGAUCUUGAGGAGAUGUUUGCAGUCAAGCCACUCUCCUCCUUGCAGUCAGACCUCUCCCGGGCCGUCUUCCUGAGGCCACCGGCCAUCGGGAUCCGGCAGGCCCGAGUAUCAGGUCGGCAGGGGAGGGUCAAUGGUGGUGCGGUAAAGGCGGCAAUCAGCAGCGGGGACAAGACCAUGGAGGCUGAGAAGGGGAAGGUCCCAUACUCGGACACCGAUUCUUCUUCUUCUUCUUCUUCUGCUUCUCCUGCUGCUGCUUCAUCGGGGAUGAUCGAGUUAAGGGCAGUGCUUACUGUUAGGAAGAAGAUGAGGCAGAGGCUAGUGGACAAGAUGGAGGAUCAGUUGGAGUCCUUCAUAAAUGGGAUCGGUCAGGGGAUCUCGCUUCGGCUUGUAAGUGAGGAGGUUGAUCCUGUUACAAAGUCGGGAAAGAGUGUGGAAUCCACCGUAAGAGGGUGGCUACCGCAGCAAUCUGAGCAUCCGUACAUAGCAGAAUAUGCAGCGGAUUUUUCUGUCCCUGGAGACUUCGGGUGUCCCGGGGCUGUUCUUGUCACCAAUCUUCACGGGAAGGAGUUCCACCUAUCGGAGAUUGUCAUUCACGGGUUCAGUGAGGGUCCCGUCUACUUCUCUACUAACACUUGGAUCCAUGCUCGUAAAGAUAAUCCCGAGAGUCGAAUUAUCUUCAGGAAUCAAGCCUACUUGCCAUCAGAAACACCGCCGGGGCUUAAAGAUCUCCGGCACGAGGACUUGCUGGGCAUUCGUGGAAAUGGGAAAGGUGAGAGGAAGGCACAUGAAAGAAUAUACGAUUAUGCGCCCUAUAACGACUUGGGCAAUCCCGAUAAGGACGAUGAGCUUGCAAGGCCAGUAUUGGGAUGUGAUGACAGACCUUAUCCCCGAAGAUGUCGAACUGGUCGACCCCCAAUGAGAACUGACCCUCUUUCGGAGAGCAGAAUUGAGAAGCCUAAUCCUGUAUACGUGCCUCGGGAUGAAACCUUCGAGGAGAUCAAACAGAACACUUUUGCUGCCGGAAGAAUGAAGGCUCUGCUCCAUAACCUUGUACCUUCCAUCGCCGCCUCCUUGUCGAGCUCAGACAUACCCUUCAAGUGCUUCUCGGAGAUCGAUAGGCUCUACAUUAAUGGUCUUAUCUUGAAAGAGGGAGACCAGAUGGAAGCUGCGGCAAAUCUGUUAAUUCCCAAUGUGAUGAAGGAGGUCUUGACUGUUGGCCAGAAGUUACUGAAGUACGAAGUCCCGGCAAUCAUAUCCAGGGAUAGAUUUGCGUGGUUGCGGGACAAUGAGUUCGCUCGCCAAGCCUUGGCAGGGGUGAAUCCUGUUAGCAUCGAGCUUCUUAAGGAAUUUCCUAUUGUCAGCAAACUGGACCCGGCCAUCUAUGGUCGACCAGAGUCAGCACUCACAAGGGAACUGAUCGAGAAAGAAAUUGACGGCAUGAGCGUAGAAAAGGCUAUAGAGGAGAAAAGACUGUUCAUUAUUGAUUACCAUGACAUGCUUCUGCCAUUUAUCGACAAGAUCAACUCCUUGCCGAACCGGAAAGCUUACGCCUCCAGAACCCUUUUUUUCUAUAACCAAUCUGCCUUUCUGAGGCCCAUAGCAAUUGAGCUCACCCUUCCUGCAACACCGACUUCGCCUCAGAAUAAACGGGUCUAUACUCAUGGGCAUGAUUCCACGUCUCAUUGGAUAUGGAAGCAGGCCAAAGCCCACGUCUGCUCUGUCGAUGCUGGAGUUCAUCAACUUGUAAACCACUGGUUGAGGACUCAUGCUUCGAUGGAACCAUACAUCAUUGCCACUUACAGGCAGCUCAGCUCGAUGCAUCCAAUUUAUAAGCUCCUUCACCCUCACAUGCGAUACACAUUAGAGAUCAACGCGCUCGCUCGGCAGAGCUUGAUUAAUGGAGGAGGGAUCAUAGAGGCCUGUUUCAGUCCAGGGAGGUAUGCCAUGGAGCUGAGCUCUGCAGCAUACAAGAGCAUGUGGAGAUUCGAUAUGGAGGCAUUACCGGCAGAUCUCAUUCGGAGGGGAAUGGCGGUGGAAGACCCUUCAAUGCCCCAUGGGCUGAAGCUUGUGAUCGAGGACUACCCUUAUGCUGCUGAUGGUCUCCUCAUAUGGUCUGCCAUCAAAGACUGGGUCGAGUCCUAUGUGGCCCACUUCUACCCGGACCCGAACUCCACUGCCUCAGAUGUGGAGCUCCAGUCCUGGUGGGAUGAGAUCAAGAACAAGGGCCACCAGGACAAGCGGAACGAGCCCUGGUGGCCCGGUCUAGCCACCAAGGAGGACCUCUGCAAGAUCCUGACCACGAUCAUCUGGGUGGCCUCGGGCCAGCAUGCCGCCAUAAACUUCGGACAGUACCCUUUUGGAGGGUACGUGCCCAACAGGCCGACCAUGAUGAGGAGGCUCAUCCCUCAGGAGGACGAGCCCGAGUACCAGAAGUUCAUCCUCAACCCGCAGGCGACUUUCCUGUCCUCCCUCCCAACCCAACUCCAGGCCACGAAGGUUAUGGCCGUUCAGGACACGCUAUCCACCCACUCUCCCGAUGAGGAGUACCUUGGCGAGGCGAGUCAGCUGCAGAGGAACUGGAUCAACGACCAGGAAGUCCUCGAGAUGUUCAAGAAGUUCUCCGCGAGGCUGGAGGAGAUAGAGAUGGUGAUCAACGAGAGGAACAGCGAUCCCCAGCUGAAGAACAGAAGUGGAGCAGGGAUACCGCCCUAUGAGCUCUUGCUUCCAUCAUCGGGACCCGGUGUGACGGGCCGAGGUAUCCCCAACAGCAUAUCGAUUUAAUAAAGAGCACUCCAACAGUUUGAUCAGUUAACCACUACUUGUCCGAUUUUGUAUGUUCUUAUUAGAGCACCCGAGUUGCUUCAUGAAUAAGCCUCGCAAACAUGUAAGCAACAUCUGAAAAGCAAAAUUAACACACGCAUGAUGGCUGCAAUAGGUUACGAGAUCGGAUGUAUCGCGAGGAAACUUGCAGUGCUUCUCGGUGCAUAUGAAACAGGGAUGAACGUGCUACUCAUAAUAAUUUCCUAAUGCAUAUCUUGAUCGGUCUGAUUUUCACGCGUA